UUCCAAACCCUCAAAACUCACAAGCCAUUACCCAUAUCCUCUUCCUCCUCUUCUCUCUGUCUUUCCCUUUAUUUUUCUUUUUAAUCACUCCAUUUUUUUAACACACAACCUGCCACUUGUUGCGUUGAUCCUCACGUUUUUUCGGGAUCAUUUCGUUCUUAAGCUUCAAUUAGUACUUCACUUCUCAACUUGUCUUUUUCUCUGCUCUGAAUUCUGAUUCACCUCAUAUUUGAGGCAGUAUUAUUAUUACAACACUGUUUUUCUUUCCUAUAGGUGGGAAGAGGGACCAGUUUUUUCAGUGACCUUCUUCCUCUAUACAUUUACCUCCUUUUUGGCUUUUUAAUUUUCUUGUAAAGAAUGGACGGAAUGCGAGAAAGAAACUCUCAGCUUGAAUUCCAAGAUGGAACUGAUAUUGGUUCCUCUCUAUCUAAUCUUAUAUUAACAAGCGGGGCAAACACCCUGGACUCAAUUUUCUCCAAUUUUCCUCCAACAAAUGGCGCUACUUCUAGUAACUCUGUGUUGGAUUACUUAGAACCCUAUGGGUCUUCUGGGUUUGAGCCUCUGGGUUCCUCCGUUUACCUUCGCCAAAGAGACAUCCUUCAAAAGUUCUACCAAGAAAGCCGAGGGAACGGGAAUAGGUCUUUUGUUCCCACUUCCUUGGCAAAUCCUUCUCUAAAAUCCGUGUACACGAGUUCUUUGUCUUUGACUUCUUCUCUGUUGAACCCUUGCAAGAAAAAGCUCUACAGAGGAGUGAGACAGAGACACUGGGGAAAAUGGGUGGCAGAGAUUCGACUCCCUCAGAACAGAAUGAGAGUGUGGUUGGGCACUUACGACACUGCCGAAGCUGCUGCAUAUGCCUAUGACCGUGCCGCUUACAAGCUCCGUGGAGAAUACGCGCGUUUGAAUUUCCCCAAUCUAAAGGACCCAAGCAAGUUAGGGUUCGGAGAUUCCACCAGGUUGAAUGCUUUGAAGAGUUCCGUGGAUGCCAAAAUUCAAGCCAUAUGUCAAAAGGUGAAAAGAGAGAGAGCCAAAAAGAAUGCAGCAAAGAAGCUUAAUGAAUCGAAACGCGUGCAGAGUGAGAAAUCACAGAAGAUUAACUCCUCCUCUUGUUCUUCAUCCUCGUUACCCUUGUCGCCAUCAAUUUUUUGUGAUAAUUGGGCGAACGAGUUGUUUUCACCGAGUGUUUCGGAGGAUGGAAUAUGGAAGGGGGAGAACUCGCCGGCAUCGGUUUCGACGGAAUGUCCAAGGAUGGCGACGGAGGAAACGGAGUUCGAAGGUUGUUCCCUGGCGAGGAUGCCAUCCUUCGAUCCCGAGUUGAUUUGGGAAGUUCUUGCCGUUUAGAAGAAGAUACUAAUAAUAAAAAUGUGUUUCUUACGUUAAUAGUUACUACUACUCUUGAGCGAGUGGUGAUGUGUAAAUGAAGAUUAGUCUUUGAUUAUGGGUGUGUAAUGUCCUUAGCUUUAGGUCUUGGUUUGUGUGAGUGGUGAGAGGUGUUUUAGCAUUUUGGGUAGGAUUGUUAUGACUGUCGUUUGGGCCUUGAUUUUUUGCUCAAGGCUUAAGGAGUUGUUAUCCUAUGGCAGUUGAUCAUGUUGUGGUAGUUUUCUCUCUAUUAGAAAUUUUUGCCUAUUGACAGAAAUAUCUUGGCUUUAAACAUCCAUAAUUAAUACACACCAAUUGCAGUUUAGACCCAGUUAGUAAUGAACAUUAAUUGC